CUGUGCGCGAGCCCGCUGUCCCUGACGUCACAGAGGUUCAUUUAUUCCGCUGGCUUCCUGCUGGGGCUCCACUCAGUCUGUCGUAGCGGUCCGCUCUCCUCGUCGCUUCCCGCCUCACUUCACCACUCUCUAGUAAAGCGCUUUUGAGGAACUGCAGACAUGGUGAACAUCCCAGAAUACUAUGCAGGAAAGAACGUGCUGAUCUCCGGAGCGACCGGCUUCAUGGGCAAGGUGCUGCUGGAGAAGCUGCUGAGGUCCUGUCCAGAAGUCAGAUCGGUCUAUGUGUUGGUCAGAUCGAAAGCUGGCCAGAGCCCUCAGGCCCGCAUCUCUGACAUGAUCAACUGCAAGCUGUUUGAAAAGCUGCAGGAAGAGCAGCCGGGCUUUGCAGAGAAGAUCAUCGCGGUGAACUCUGACCUCACACGGUCACAGCUGGAUCUCAGCAAAGAGGACCAGAGCGUCCUGGCUGAAAGCAUCAACAUUGUCUUCCACUGUGCCGCCACUGUGCGCUUUAGUGAGCCACUCAAAGAUGCAAUGCAGCUGAAUGUCCUGGCCACGCAGAUGAUGGUGGCGCUGGCCCACAGGAUGAAGCACCUGGAGGUCUUCAUUCACAUCUCCACAGCCUACUCCAACUGUGACCGAGAGCUCAUUGAGGAAGUUGUCUACUCUCCCCCCGUAGACUACCGCAAACUCAUCGAUACUCUGGACUGGAUGGAUGAUGAUCUGGUCUCUGCACUGACUCCCAAGUUGAUUGGAGACCACCCCAACACCUACACCUACACCAAAUCCCUGGCUGAGUCUCUGGUGCAGCAGGAGGCUGGAGACCUCAACGUAGCCAUUGUCAGACCCUCCAUAGUCGGAGCCAGCUGGAAAGAGCCUUUCCCAGGCUGGAUCGAUAACUUCAAUGGACCCAGUGGGAUAUUCAUUGCGGCUGGUAAGGGGAUCCUCCGUACAAUGAGGGCCUCUAAUGAUGCUCUGGCUGAUCUGGUUCCUGUAGAUGUGGUCAUCAACACUACGUUGGCUGCAGCUUGGUACUCUGGAUCGCAGGUGCUUAGCAGGCCUAAAAACAUUCCCGUGUACAACUGCACAACUGGUGGGAUUAAUCCAUUUCACUGGGGUGAAGUCGAGUACUGUAUAAACAUGUCCUUCAAGACCAAUCCCUUAGAGCAGGCUUUCAGAAGGCCCAAUGUCAAUCUGCGCUCCAACCCCUUUACUAAUCAGUACUGGACCACUGUCAGCCACACGCUGCCGGCCCUGCUCUAUGAUGGCUAUCUCAGGCUGAUGGGCCGCAAGCCCCGGAUGAUGAAGACGAUCACUCGCCUCCACAAAGCCAUGAUGGUACUGGAGUAUUUCACCAGUCACUCCUGGGUGUGGAACACUGACAACAUGGCCAUGCUGCUGGCCCAGAUGAGCCCUGAGGAUAAGAAGAUAUUUAACUUUGACGUGCGUCAGCUGCACUGGGCCGAAUACAUGGAAAGUUACUGUAUGGGCACCAAAAAAUACGUCCUCAACGAAGAGCUGUCGGGGCUGCCGGCCGCACGCAAACACCUCAACAAGCUGAGGAACAUCCGCUACACCUUCAACACCAUCCUGGUGGUGCUUAUUUGGCGCGUCUUCAUCGCCCGAUCCCAGAUGGCCAGAAACAUCUGGUACUUUGUGGUGAGCCUCUGCUUCAAAUUCCUCUCCUACUUCAAAGCUUCCUCGACCAUGAGAUAAUGAGCCGGGGACGUGGCGGCGGGUUGUGAGGCAGAGCGCUAAAGAAAUGAAGAAAACGGUGGCUGUGGAUGGUGAACGGUGCCUGUACACACACAAAAAAAACAGCUGUCUCUGGUCUGUUUUCCUCAACACGACCGACCGACAUUAACAAUGGAAACACAGAUGGAGCUGCCUGAUGAACCUGGAGUCCACAGCGGUCUGCUGCCUGUCGGGAUCUCUGGCAUUUCACAAAAACUCCAGUGCAUGGAUUUAUUGCACCGCUCAGCUCAGAUUCACCACACUUGGACUAGUUGGAAAAGCUUUGUAACUUCAAACCUCAGUCUGCUCAUUCCCGGCAUGUCCAGUCCUCCUCUUGGCACCGGUCUUACCCGAGAGCAACCUCCUCCAAACCUGCUCCAUCUCGCAUCUCUCUGCUCGCCUUCCUGCAGAACAAAGCUAUGCACUGAUGAUGCUCUGCUGCAAAAAUCCUCGGCUGGUUUUGAGUCGGUCCAGGCUUCAGUCGUGUCAGUUUUCUAUGUGUUAAGUUGGAAGUGUACGUUGUAUUUCUGUCCUCUUUGAUUUUUGCUGUUUUUCCUCCAGUUUGUCGAUGUUCUCGUCAUUUUUAUGGUUUGGAACUUUUUAAAGCAGUCUGUAAAAAAAAACAAAAAAAAAAAAAACCCUAACAGCAGCAUUUACUAGAUGAUACAGUUGGCUGGUUAUAACAUUUUCAGAAAGGCUUAUUCAGGGAUUGUUGUUUAAACUCCCUCAUGCCCUCCUAACCCCGAGAGCAAAGCCAUUUCAGCCAACAUGUUCACAUUUGCAGUGACAGCGUGCUGUAAACGGAAGUGUAAAUGUGGGAUGGGUUUUCCUGUACUGAUUUAUACCCCCGCCCCCCUGUCAGCAAUGAUGCACUCCUGCAUUUUUCCCAGUGGCUUUUCUCCCUAAUUACAACCAAGCACAAUGUGGAUUGUACUGCAGUGGCUUUACCCAGUGCCUACAAACGGACGGUUCUUGCAUCAGCAGAAAUCUGAAUUUUUUUGUUUUGUUUUGUUUAAUCAUCUGAAAAUCAUAAAGCUACUUUUGUUGCCAAAAUGCAUCCCAGCAAAUAUACUCAUAGCUCUGUGGAGGAUGGUGGAUGUGUGUGCAGAGAGUGCUUGGAAAUGAAAUGCUGUACAUGUUCCACACUGUUCCUUUUAGUACACUACUUUUCAGGUAGCACUAACUGUAGCUUUCCAUCUUUGUGUGUCUGCAUGUGUGUUAGUGAUUUUUAUGGGACAUACUGGAUUCUGUUGAUGCUAUUUAUAGCCUUUUGGACCAUUCAUUCCAUGUCAUGUCUCAAAUUAAUGUAACAGAGGCUUAUCUGCACUUAGUUAUAUUUGUCUUUUCUGUUACACCCCCCCCUUCCCCCCCAUGAGCUUUAAUGAAGCCGGUUGUGACUGUGUGCCCUGUUUGUUUGAGUCUUAGGCCGUAGAGAUUACAAGCACUUACAUCUUUGUGCCAUCAGUGUCCCGGAGUCAUUGAGGAGUGUGAUUUUUCACUCUUGCAGCUCGAGUCUUUUUGCAUAUGAUCAUAUGAAAGGUGGAAGACUAAAAGCCUGAAUCGUGCCUGAAAUUUUGUCAAGAUAAUGUGAAAAGAGAGCAAUCAGAUCUGUUUUCUAAUUAUUUUCUGUAUAGCUCUAUUUAGGUAGACAACAUAACAAAAUGUAUUUUUAUGCUCAUAACAUGACUAGUUUACUGAUUAAAGAGCUAAAACCAACAUCAGCUGCUGCAUAUAGAGAAAUAUUAAACCUGUGCAUGUAAAAAUGUAGUUAAAUGCAGUCGAUAAACGGCUGGAUUUGGCCGUGACAGGUUGCUCAUCAUUACUGUGUGUGUGUGUGUGUGUGUGUGUGUGUGUGUGUGUGUGUGUGUGUGUGUGUGUGUGUGUGUGUGUGUGUACGUGCACAUUUUCUCCUUCUCUGAAUGUAACGGGCCUUCAACAGCCUGACUUCACUGCACAGUCAGAUUCUCCCUGACUGAAACAACAACUCUGGAAAAUAAUUGCCUAUAAUUUUAAUAAUAAGCAAUGUUUGUUGAAGGGUCAUCUGAUAAAUUGUUGCCCAACUCCAUUUCCUUGUGAAGGUGUGAAGUCUCUGAUUGUGAAUGGCUGUUAUAUUCUUGUUUAGUGUGUGUGUGUGUGUGUGUGUGUGAUGGGGGGAUCAGGAGCUACUGAAUCACAGCAGUGGAUUGUUCAAACAUUGCACACGAGCAAACAUCAUCACCGUGACCCGAAAUGAUUUUAAACCUCUGAAAAUAUUUGAACCGUUUAAGAAUUGUCGUUAUUUUGUAACGACCGUUUUGGGGAGAUGUUACCGUGGCUUUGUCUAAAUAUUAAAGAACUCAAACCACUCCCUCUAAAGCUGCAGAGCUUCUGCUGAAAUAUGCAAACCCUGACUGUGACAGAUGUCUGGCCGAGGAACAACAACACACCGUAGAACCAAAUGUGUAAAUUUACAUUUAAUGUUUCACAAGGAAAUGAAACAGGCUGAUAACAGAUUGAGUUCUGAUAGAUUAGCUGCUCCGUUUCCAGGAAGCAGAGUUCAAACUAAAUAUUGGGACUUGAGCGGUAUCCACAGACUGUAGAUAGAAGAUGUAGCCACAGUGACUGCAUCCUCUGAGUUCUUCUUUGAAACAGGAUGUGACCAUAUUUGGACAAAAGGGUUGACCUGGGGAGAUGAUGCUGCCGCUGCUCAUAAUGGCUAGCUAAUUUAGCAAAGUGCCAAAGGUCAAAUGUGAUGCUAAUUUGUGGCUAGCUUAAAACAAAUUUUCUAUUUCUGCUGUAAAUUUUGGAUUUUGACACGAGCCAGCCUCAAGUGGCCAUUUGAGGAAAUGCUAUUAUAUGUAUUUCCACAGUGGGUCCGUUUUUCAUCCGUGGGAUUUGCUGCUUGUAUGUGGGUCACACCAAAGCGUUGCCAACCAAAAUCUCUUACGUGAAAUAACUUCCAGCUCUCCUAACUUGGCAGAAAAAGUUGCAGUCAACCCUGUUGCUCACAGGAAAUUGACUUAUUUAAAUACGUUUUCAGUGUUUUUAAGGAAGCAUUUUCCUUUUGAGACUCAUUUUGAUUUGGGACUUAAAGCGGUUCAUUUGAAAUGUUUGUGGUCUGUAUUUGUCACCUGCAUCAAACGAGGAGCAGAAGCUUUUAUCUGGUCGUUUUCAGCUGAUGCUGGGGCGCAUGUUCAGGGUUAGGAUAAAGUUUUCAUCGUUCAGACUGAUUUAUAGUUUAUAUGUUUGGGGUUUUUUUAAAGGGUGAGGUUCUUGAGGGGAGUCCUGUUUGAUCGCUCCUGCUUUGAGCACUGAAUGAAUGAAUAAGAGCUGCUGUCUUCAUUCUCACAAGUUGGGAAAGGGAUUCUUGGCAUUUAUUUUUAAUGUGAAACUCCUCCCCAAACACACACACACACACAAAAAAAAUGGGUGCCU